UAUAAGUGUUGUUUUGGCUUCUAAAAGUUGUUCAAGUGCGAAAUCAGCAUUAUUCGUCUUUCAGCUCUCGCACAUGUACGGAUUUCCUUGCAGUCAGUUUCUACAAACUUUCAUAGAUAAUUCAUAAUUACACUUUAACGACAAAAAUGGAAGAAAUGGGAUCGCCACCUCCACUUUCAGAGCAGGAGAAAAAGGACAAUAAAACCCUGAUGGGAGCCAUGCCCUUUGGGGUGAUUGCUGCCUUCGUGGUAAUCGCAGUCACUGGAGGUCUUACCCUCAGUGGAACGAUUAAUUUGGCUGGUCGCACCGAUUCACUCCCUGAUUACGGAUCUCGUAUGGAAUUCACCUUCAAGUAUCUCACCCUUCCUGCCGUCUGGAUGGUCGUGGUCAUCCUAAACGUUAUUUUCCAAAGGUCACGAACGGGUGCCUUAAACCCACUCAAUGGUCGCGACAUUUACUUCCAAAAGCAGGCCAACAUUUUACAAAACUCUUUCGAACAGUUCAUCCUCUCCGCAUUUGCACAAGCGAUCCUUGUCGCGUUCAUUAAUGAACAGUGGACGCUGCGAACGAUUCCCUGGGUCAAUUUCCUCUUUGUGAUUGGAAGGAUUGAAUUUGCCAUCGGCUAUCCAAAUUAUCGCACUUUCGGUAUGUUUUGUGGCUUCAUUCCCACGACGGGAAUGUUGGGGGUAGCGGUUUACAAAUUUGUUGAACAUUUAUUCUUUUAAUAAGGUUUGCAACUUUUGUAAAUAAAUUAUUAUGUAUACAAAACAA